AUGUGCCUGCCCAAGGAGAAGGUGUUAUUGUGUUCAAAGGCGACGAACUCCAACCUCAGAAAGCACCUUAAGGCCCAACAUCCAACGGAGUUGGACAAAUUCGAGCGCCUGUUGAAGAAAAGAAAGUCAGUUCAGCCCAGAAUGGAAGACAGCGGCAAACAACAGAAGUUGAUGUUUGCGGCUCCCACAGUCUGCCAAAGAAGGGUUGACGACAUGGUAGUUACCUUUGUUGUUGACACGAUGCAACCUUUUUGUGUUGUGGAAGCUCCGAGCUUCGUAAAUUUAGUGAAGACCUUGGCACCCAACUCAAAUGUGUUAACACGAAAAAUGCUGGUCAGCCGUAUCAACUCCGCUUUCGAUGCCAUGCAAGACGAGCUAAGGUCAAAAUUAGCAAGCGUGCCGUAUGUUACAGUCACCGCAGAUUGCUGGACAACAUUUCGGCGAGCAUACCUGGCAGCUACAGUGUCAUGGCUCGAUCCAGAAUCUCUUUCGAGGACAACAGCCGUUCUCACGUGCCGCCGUAUGGAAGGCAGGAUCUCUUACGAUCGCAUUGCGGACGUCCUUAUUGAAUCGUUCGACAACUUUGGACUUCAUGGCAAAGUGACAAAGGUGGUCACAGAUAAUGGGAGCAACUUUGUGAAGGCAUUCCGGGUGCUUGGGCAAACGGAACUAGCAGCGGAUGGACAUAUGGAGGACAACGACGCCACUACGGAUUCGAUCGACCUCACCACAAUCCUGAAUGGGGCAUCACAUGGUGACGUACGUGUGCCUCUUCCACCUCACCAUCGGUGUUCUGCGCACACGCUUAAUCUAGUGGCAACGGUAGAUGCAUCUAAAGCAGAAUCUUGUGAGAUGUUCUCGAGGCCACUAUGCUCAGUUCUACGUACAUGCCGCCAGCUAUGGAAUAGGCAAGGCCAAUCGGCGACAGCUGCUGAGACUGUUCAGCGGUUCUGCGGGCGCGCACUUCAAAGGCCAGUUGCCACGCGAUGGAAUUCUUUGUUUGACGCCUUGACUUGUCUGAUGGAGUUGGACAACGCCGGAAAGGACCUCGAUGGAUUAUGCAGGACACUACAAAUUCCACCGUUCAAGCGUCCACGCGACGUGCUAUUCAUAAAAGAAUAUUGUGAUGAAGCCAGUGGCGUGUGCCAUUGA